UAUUUUGCUAAAUUUUGGAAAAAACACUAUAAAGAAAGACACAUUGAGACAAAAUGCAAGAAAUGAACAAGACAUUAAUUACAGAAUUCUUUCUGCUCGGGUUUCAAAAUCUCUCAGAUUUAAAAAUAAUGUUUUUCAUGUGCCUUUUUCUUGUCCAGUGUGUGACGAUAAGUGUUAAUAUGUUUAUUGUCCUGGUAGUAACAUCAGUUCCACAUCUGCACACACCAAUGUAUUUUUUCCUUUGCCAAUUGGCCUCUGCUGAAAUGAUAUUUACAAUAAACAUUAUUCCCAAUCUGCUUCACAUAGUCCUGGCAGAUGGUGCCAUUAUCUCCGUGGUUGGUUGUGUCAUUCAGUUCUAUAUAUUCUCUGUUUCAACCAAUGCUGAAUCCUUUUUUCUUACACUAAUGUCAUAUGACCGAUAUAUGGCAAUAUGUAACCCACUGCAUUAUAAUUCUUUAAUGGGGUUAAACUUUUGCUUUCGGUUGGCUGUAAUAACAUGGAUCUUUAGUUUUGCAUCAACUCUAAUUGUCAUUAUUCAAUUAUGUACUCUACAGUUCUGUGGCUCAAAUAUUAUUGAUCAUUACUAUUGUGAUUUGACACCUCUUCUGGAACGUUCAUGUUCUGAUGUCUCUCUGGUGAAAACACAGAUAUUUUUAUUUUCCAUUCCCAUUGUUUUAUUUCCAUUUAUUUUCAUUUUUAUAACUUACCUUCGUAUUGUCAUUGCUGUACUUCACAUUCCUUCAUCUAUUGGAAAACAAAAGGCCUUCUCCACAUGCAGCUCACAUUUGGCUGUUGUCUGUACAUAUUACCUGACAUUAAUAACCAUCUAUGUGAUUCCUAAAAGCAAACAUGCAUUAAACCUAAAUAAGUUUAUGUCACUGCUCUACACUGUGGUGACACCUUUGAUGAACCCUAUCAUCUAUACUUUAAGAAAUAAAGAA